CUCCUCAAACCGUACUUUUGGCCGGACGCGACGGGCCCUUCCGAUCAAACAGCCUUUUGGAAUCGAAUACGGGCCAUUGCCACUUGGAUCUGUGUGUUUGGUUCCAAGGCCUGCGGUCUAGUGUCACCAUUAUUCUUGGGCUGGGCGUCGACAGCACUGGCACACCAGCAGUACGCACAAGCCAUUCAGUAUUCGGUCGGAUACGCCGCACUCACAUUCGUCGGUAGCACUCUGAAAGAGGGACAAUCGCUGGUUUAUUUAAAGGUAGCUCAGGCGGCGUUUGUACAGCUUUCCGAAACCGCCUUUGGUCACUUGCAUUCACUCUCGUUGGAUUGGCAUUUGAGCAAGAAAAUGGGCGAAGUCUUGCGGAGUAUGGAUCGUGGCAUUGCGGCCUGCGACACAUUAAUGAAGUAUCUUUUCCUGUGGCUCAUACCCGCACUCAUCGAGUGUAUCGUCGUGUGCAUUAUUUUUGCCACCUAUUUUCAGUACCUGCCCCUGGCCAUAACCGUGUUCUAUUUCGUAUUCGCCUACAUUGUAUGGACCAUCUUGGUCACUUUGUGGCGUAAGAAGUUUCGCAAAGCCUUGGUCCAGUCCGACAAUGAAUAUCACGACCGGUUUACGGAUAGCAUGAUCAACUUUGAGACGGUCAAAUACUUUACCGCGGAAGCCUACGAGCAAAGACGUUUUAAAGAAGCCGUCAGUCGGUACCAAGCUGGAUCGGUACACGUACAGUCGAGUCUUUCCUUUUUGAACAUUUCGCAACAGCUUUUGCUUAAAGCUUGCUUAGCGGCAGCGUUGUCGCUAGCGGCCCUAGGCAUCAAAAAGCGUGUAGACUGCUUGGGGGAUUUUGUGGCCGUCCUCACGUAUACGCUCAACCUUUUUGCUCCACUCAACUUUUUGGGUUCCAUCUACAAUGCUGUUGUAAUGGCGGUCAUUGAUUUGACCAAUCUCUCGGAAUUGUUGGCGGAAAAUCCCGACGUGACGGAUGCUCCGGAUGCCAUGACGAUUCCCGAUCGGAACGUGAUUGAUCCGGACGUGGCCGUCGAAUUUGACAACGUAUACUUCCACUAUCCAACUCAGCCUAGUACCAAAGGUUUGCAAGGCAUGUCUUUCAAAAUGAAACGCGGCACGACGACGGCCAUUGUUGGUCCUACAGGCGCCGGAAAGACCACUGUCAGUCGACUUUUGUUUCGCUUUUACGAUGUCCUGGGUGGCGCGGUCAAGGUCAAUGGAGUGGACGUCCGAUCGGUGACGCAAAAGUCUUUGCGGGGCGCCAUGGGAGUAGUACCCCAGGCGGCGAGCAUGUUCAACGAUACAAUCCGGACGAAUUUGCGGUACGGACGCCGCGAUGCCACCCAGGAAGACUUAGAGCAGGCGGCGCGAGACGCCCAGCUUUUGGGCUUUGUCGAGUCCUUGGAUGAUGGAUGGGAUACAAUGGUAGGAGACCGCGGUCUAAAGCUGUCCGGUGGAGAGAAGCAGCGCGCCGCCAUUGCCCGGUGUUUAUUGAAAGAUCCACCGUUUGUAUUGUUGGACGAAGCAACCAGCGCGCUGGAUACAUUGACCGAGAGUUCGGUUCAGGAAGCUUUAGAUCGGUUGGGUGCCGAGCGCACCGUGCUCGUCAUUGCCCAUCGACUCGGUACGAUUCGCAACGCCGACAACAUUAUCGUGUUGAAAGAAGGCAAGGUGUACGAGCAGGGAACACACGAUCAGCUUCUUCUCCAGAAUGGAGUAUAUUCUGAUAUGUGGAAUAUGCAA